CGCCUGGGCGCAGGAUACCUCCGCGGCGCUAGCCGUGAGACCAGGCUCUGCCCCAGUCCCUCGGCCACCGUCCCUCCGCACCCCCACAGCCACCUAGCGCGCGAGGGCACUGUCCCGCAGCACCCGCCCCAGCACCACUUUGCUCUGACGUCCGCCUUCCCAUCUCUGACGAUCGCCCCCGCCGGUCGCCCUUAUAAAGGGGACUUUUGCCAAUACUGGGAUCGAUCACCACCUCGCCCGCGUCCAGCGCCCUCCACCCCAGCUCACACACCUGUCAACUCUGCGCGCGCCCAGGUUCUGGGAGACCAGGGACUGGAACCCCGCUGCUUGGCCCUACUCCUCGCCCCUCCGCACCCCUGACCUCCGCCCCCGCGGUGCCUGGGCGGCGGCCCCGGGACAAGCCUCGGACCGCGGAGCGCCCAACCCCGCGGUGCCUGGGCGGCGGCCCCGGUACGAGCCCCAGACGGCGGAGCGCUUCCCGGCGCGGCAGCCACUCCAGAAAUCUUAAUGAAGUAGCUAGCUGUGGAAGAAUCUGGACCCCUAACUAAAAAUGACUUUCCAUGUGGAAGGACUGGUAGCUAUCAUCGUGUUCUACCUUCUAAUAUUGCUGGUUGGAAUAUGGGCAGCCUGGAGAACCAAAAACAGUGGCAGCUCAGAAGAGCGCAGUGAGGCCAUCAUAGUUGGUGGCCGAGACAUUGGUCUGCUGGUGGGUGGAUUUACCAUGACAGCCACCUGGGUCGGAGGAGGUUACAUCAACGGGACAGCCGAAGCAGUGUAUGUACCAGAUUAUGGUCUGGCUUGGGCUCAGGCACCAAUUGGAUAUUCUCUUAGUCUGAUUUUAGGUGGUUUGUUCUUUGCAAAGCCUAUGCGUUCCAAGGGAUAUGUGACCAUGUUAGACCCAUUUCAGCAAAUCUAUGGAAAACGCAUGGGUGGGCUCCUAUUUAUUCCUGCGCUAAUGGGAGAAAUGUUUUGGGCUGCUGCCAUUUUCUCUGCCUUAGGAGCCACCAUCAGCGUGAUCAUUAACGUCAACGUGCAAGCUUCUGUCAUUGUCUCUGCACUGAUCGCCACUCUGUACACGCUGGUGGGUGGUCUCUAUUCCGUGGCCUACACCGAUGUUGUUCAGCUUUUUUGCAUCUUCAUAGGCCUGUGGAUCAGCGUCCCUUUUGCCCUGUCACAUUCUGCAGUUACUGACAUUGGGUACACUGCUAUGCAUACCAAGUAUCAAAAGCCUUGGCUGGGGACCAUUGAAUCAUUUGAAGUCUACACUUGGCUUGAUAGUUUUCUGCUGUUGAUGCUGGGUGGAAUCCCAUGGCAGGCCUACUUCCAGAGGGUCCUCUCUUCAUCCUCAGCCACUUAUGCUCAGGUGCUGUCUUUCCUGGCAGCUUUUGGAUGCCUGGUGAUGGCUCUACCAGCCAUACUCAUUGGGGCCAUUGGAGCAUCAACAGACUGGAACCAGACUUCAUAUGGGCCUCUAGAUCCCAAAGACAACAAUGAAGCGGACAUGAUUUUACCAAUUGUUCUGAAGUACCUCUGCCCUGUGUACAUUUCUUUCUUUGGUCUUGGUGCAGUUUCUGCUGCUGUUAUGUCCUCAGCAGAUUCUUCCAUCUUGUCAGCAAGUUCCAUGUUUGCCCGGAACAUCUACCAGCUUUCAUUCAGACAAAAUGCAUCAGACAAGGAAAUCAUCUGGGUCAUGCGAAUCACGGUGUUUGUGUUUGGAGCGUCCGCCACAGCCAUGGCCUUACUCACGAAGACCGUGUACGGGCUCUGGUACCUCAGCUCAGACCUCGUUUACAUCAUCAUCUUCCCCCAGCUGCUCUGUGUGCUCUUCGUCAAGGGAACCAACACGUACGGGGCUGUGGCGGGUUACGUGUCUGGCCUUUUCUUGAGAAUCACCGGUGGGGAGCCAUAUCUGUACCUUCAGCCCUUGAUCUUUUACCCUGGCUACUACUCUGAUAAGAACGGCAUAUACAAUCAGAGAUUCCCAUUUAAAACCCUCGCCAUGAUUACCUCUUUCUUAUCCAACAUUUGCAUCUCCUAUCUAGCCAAAUACCUAUUUGAAAGUGGAAGCUUGCCUCCCAAAUUAGAUGUGUUUGAUGCUGUUGUCGCAAGGCACAGUGAAGAAAACAUGGAUAAGACAAUUCUGGUCAAAAAUGAAAAUAUUAAAUUGGAUGAACUUGCCCCUGUGAAGCCCCGACAAAGCCUAACUCUCAGCUCCACGUUUACCAAUAAGGAGGCCUUCGUUGACAUCGACUCCAGCCCAGAGGGGUCUGGGACUGAAGAUAACGCGUAACACCCCCAUCCAAAUUAAAUACUGCUUUCACAAACUGAGUACCACGGAAGGCUAGUCCGGGAGGGAUGGGUUGCAGCAUAUAAAAAAUAUACUUUAAAAGUGAACAGCAUUCAGGAGGACAAAAAUCCAUAUAGAAGUGCAAUUGCACAAAUGCAAACCAAGCGAGAAGGAAGCAUCUGUAAAAGCAACAGCUUGCUUUCUCAUCAAUAUUUCUCAUCCUCACUUGAUUCUGACUCUAGUUAGUUUUCUUAAGUAUUCAAAAUUGAAUUAAGCCCCCCUCAAAGAACACAGGGCCAAACAGAUUAUUUAUCUUUAUUCUGAAAAAAAAAAAAGUAGAUAAGAAAGAACCAAGGAAUCUAGGUGGACUUGAUCAAGACCUGUCUGCUAAUGCACUAGUGGGUCUAGUUUAUUGUCACAGUGAAGUCAGGAGAGGAACUUGCCAUCACUCCAAUGAAUGGUGCAACAAAUUAACCACUGAUUGUCCUGAUGUGAUGAUUAAUUCCUUCUUUCACGUUCUUAACUAGAACAUUUGCUGAAUAAGCAAUUCGUUUCUCUUUUGGUAGUGGCAUGUAUUAUUCUGAGCACAGACAAAGCAAACACAUAAAAAAUAUUGUGUUGUGUCAUUUCUUUAGGUACAAGGUAAUAGAAAAGUAGAAUCCAUCUUUGUAGAAGAGCACUAUCUCCUUGGAGUAUGUCUAACAACUACCAUAUGCAUUGAGACACGUACCUGGAGGAUGGAAGUCAUGAUAAUUCGGCAACCUGAAAGCAGUAAAUCAAGAAGGCCAUUAAGCAGAAAGUGACAGGAAGAAGAGUGGGUUUUUACCUUCAUCUGAAGCUUUUGUAGUUUUGCUUCAUGACAAAAGAAGUAAUGUCUUGGCUUCCUAUCUAACCUGGUACUGGAAGUAAAAUUGAGCCAUAUAGAAAGUGAGGUAGCAGCAUAGCACCAGUUAAAGUUAAUGAGAGAUAAACAGCACCUCCUGAUAACACUAAAAAAACAAAAUUCACUUAAUUUUGGACAUUCAUUCAUGAGGAUGGUUUAGUGUCAAGAGAGUGACUCUGCGGUAAUUCUUGCAAAAGCCGGUCUUAGGUACUAGACAAAUCACCACUACGGAGAGUAGUGAAUUUUAAAAUGCAGAAGAAAGCAGAAAGUAAAAAUAAGUCCUAAGGGGGAAAAGCCAUCAAUUUUAACAUUUGGUGUCCACAUAACUUUCAUGAGGUUGGUCAUUAAAUAUUACUUUUCUCCUUUUCUGGAGUUAAAAAAUAUAUAAAUAUAUAUAUAUAUAUAUAUGCAAUGGUUUGUAUCCAUUUUAGAAUUUUAAAUUCUUUCUCAGAGGCCACAUUAUAGAAAUAACCAGAGCUGUGUCUAUAAAAACAGAGUGAAUUGAUGAGCUAAAAUAUGAUCUUAGCAUUUCAUCCAAUAAGGAAAGGCAACAUGACUUAUUUAAACUAAAGCACAUUGUCCAAAAACAUUUGUUUUGCAAUUCAUAGACAAAAUAAAGUUAAUUCCAUGUUCAGCAUUAAGUAUAAAAAUUGUGUCCAGGAAGCUAGAAUUCCUAUUAAAAAAUUAUAAUUGUCUAAAAGCAUCAAAUAAUACAUCUCUUUGUUAUUAAACAUGAGUUAAAUUCACAGGGUAAUUUUUUAAAAUAGGAAUUAAAUAAUUUUACAUGUUAUAAUGUCCCAUACUUUAAUGCUUUAUAAAAGCUUGAUGGAGAAUAUGAUGUUGCAUUCAGAAUCUUUAUAGAACAUCAUCUAUGUUUAAGUGAAAAGAAAAUUCCUUUCACUUUUCUGUUUGCUCAGAAUUUUCUUUACGCCUAGUGCCCAAUGGAGUACUUGGAAGGAGCACAUUUUUGGAAAUGGUAAGUGUGGGAAUCCCAAGAUUCUACGACAUGGAUGGAGAGAAGAACCCAGGACAGGAAGCUCACAAAGGACAAAGUACAAUGAUGGAAACAUUCGGCACGGAAGUGAUGACUUGCUGGGGACUGCUGUUCCUGGUACCUCUGAUCCUUCACAUGUGCCAUGCUCUCCAACACACUGCCUGAAUAAUUGUUUCGAUGCACUCCAUCACCCUGAGUUUUUGUUUCAACCUAUUAAGGUGGCAACUUCCAUGGAAAACAUCGCCCAUAAGAAAAUACAACAGGGAUUUAGUCUCUCUGAAGAUGUUAUAGUUUGCAACUUUACUGGGCAACAGUUGUCCAAAUAUGUUCAGAUAUGUGCAAUAACCAUAUUUAAAUCUGGGGAAAUAGAAUAAAUAUUAACAGUGAAAAUUUCUUCCAUUCCAUUCAUUUUUGUAACAAUAGAAAGAUAAAGUGGGGGAAAGGGUUUACCUUGUCCAAAAUAUUAAAAACUAAAUCGCUUAAAUAAUAUAUUGUCACAAAUAAUAUAGACCAAUAAAUAAUGCCCUAUUUUUACUUCAUGUGUUAUUUCAUACCUACUCUCAAACUAAAUUUACAAAAAAAGCUAGUUUAGUAUAAAAUCCACUAAUAAAUAUGCUAAAUAUUAGUAA